AUGGCGUUGAGCAAGCAAAGAGUCUCCAAGUCUCCGGCUGCCGCUCCGUGGGAAUACGACGUGUUCAUAAGUUUUAGGGGUGAGGACACAAGGGAUAAUUUUACAGAUGAUUUAUAUGAAAAAUUGGUGGAGCGAGCAAUCAAAACUUCCAGAGAUGAUCAUGAACUUGAAAGAGGCACCACUAUUUCUCUAAAGCUCUUGAAUGCAAUCGAAGAAUCGUGGUUUGCUAUCAUUGUCCUCUCACCGAAUUAUGCUUCUUCCACCUGGUGCUUAGAUGAGCUUUCACAUAUUGUUGAAUGCAUGGAAGAUAGGAAGACCAUUCUACCAAUUUUCUACCAUGUGGAUCCCUCCCAUGUUAGAAAACAAACCGGGAUUUUUGCACAAGCAUUCAACAAGCAUGAGAAAACCUUUAUGAAUGACACAGAAAAGGUGCAACGUUGGAGAACUGCGUUGACAAAAGUGGGUAAUAUGCUUGGGUGGAUUUCAAAAGAUAGAUACGAGAAUGAUCUUAUCAAAGAAAUUGUUGACACAAUAUGUCACAAAGUGCAUCCUACAUGCACAUUGUUAGGUUCAAGAAAGAAAUUAGUCGGAAUUGAGUUUAGAUUAAAGAAGAUAGAUUCGCUUUUAGAUCUUGAAGCAAAUGAUGUUCGCUUUAUAGGGAAAUGGGGGGAGGGCGGAACUGGUAAGACAACUCUAGCUAGACUUGUUUACGAGGGAAUUUCCCACAACUUUGAAAUUUGCAGAUUUAUUGGUAAUGUCAAGGAGGUUUCAGCAGCGUUGCAGACAGUCACGCAAGUUUGGGAUGCUUCCAGUGUGUCGAAUAUGGCAAAGAAAUGUUUUUGUAAGAAAAAGGCUCUUCUGGUUAUUGAUGAGGUGGAAGAAUUAAAUCAAAUGGAAACAUUGGCUGGAAAAAAGAACUGGUAUGGUCCGGCGAGUAGAAUCAUUAUUACAACCAGAAACAAGCGUUUGCUAGUCGAAUAUCUUAUAGACAAACCAUAUGAGCUCUUGGAGCUACACGAGAACGAAUCUUCGCAGCUCUGUCAUUGGAAAGCCCUAAAAAGAGAUGAACCUGAAGAGUUUUAUUUGACACUUACUGAGAAACAGCUGCUCGAUGAAGAAUCUCAAUCUGAGGAUGGUCAUGAACAACCGGCACAACUUCAUUUGGCAGAAGGCGAAUCCAGCAGUAAGUGUCAAAAGUUGGCAAUCAGGAGUACAUACAAAUGCCAAUCCCUCUACAAUGAAGUAGAAAAAUUCUGUCACGAUUUAAACAUGAGGUUGCAAAUUCCUGUGGACUUGGUGGACAGGCGAACAGUUCUCAUCUGGCGUGGCCUUCCUCGGUUUGUAAUGGGAUCAUCGCUAGCGAAAGUGAUGAUGCAAGCAUGGAUAAGGAUUAACGGAUAUCCAAAUCUAAGACAGGAAGUGCAAGAAGGUAUCUGUCUGGCCUUCUCGCGCAUGUGGCUGGAGUCUCAGCAGAUGCAUUCUCGGUCUAGUACUGAUCAUGAUGCCUCCUCCUCUAGUUUUGUUGGAUCUAAACAACUGUCCGAAUUUGAGAAGAAGCUUCUUGAAUACAGGAAACGAACAAUUCGGUUAUUGGAGUAUGGAGAAGCAUCCACAGUAGCUAUCAAAGCAGUGCGCAAGCACGGUCUAGGGAAUACCCUUGAACAUAUUCGAACCACAGGAAAUUUUCCUCCUGUAGAGUGA